UUCAUUUUAAUUCUGAAUCUGUCUAUUCUAUUCUUUUCCUCCCUCUACACUACACCAGUACUUUGUGCAUAAUUCGUGCGGUACUUUUGUCACGAUGCAUCCAUUUUUAUCACAACAUUCUUGACAGCGGAUUGGCUGCGUGUGCGCACAUUUCAGUGCGGCUUUCCAGUGGAUCUUUUCUCAGUCCCCACCGGAUGGGAGGAGAGGAGGAGGAGGAGAGACGCGCGAGGGGAGGGAGAGAGAGAGAGAGAGAGAGGCAGGCAAUAGGUGGAGGAACGGGUAGUUAAGGAAUAAAGGUGUAGCCGACACGAAGGGUGGGUGCAAAUGAAGAAAUGCUUCUCGCGGGGCUUUGCAGUUUAUUCUAAGCGGAGCGUGCGCGGAGUAUUUCCCUGUUUCUGACGCGCGGAGGCGGCCAAAUACGCCGGAGGGUUCCACCGCCGACACGGGAUGAUGUGUUCGACCGUGCGAGCGUGAAUCGGUGACAGAGUCUCCCCCGCGACCCGCAGCGAAGAGAGAAGAGGAGGCAAACUAUGAUCCGAGGAUGAUUUCCGCCAAGAGAACUCCGGAGAAGAGUCGUUAUCCCAUCCACUGUUUGGUGUGGCACGGCAAGCACCGGCAGCUGGAGAAGGAGCUGGCAACCAAGGAGCAGACGGAUCUGGAGUCUCUGGACCCUCGCGGUCGGACCCCUCUCCACCUCGCGGUCACGCUGGGCCUCCUGGACUGCGCCCGCGUGCUGCUGCAGCACGGCGCCGAUGUCAGCAAGGAGAACCGCAACGGAUGGACCGUUCUUCAGGAGGCGGUGAGUACCAGAGAUCCAGAGUUGGUGCGUCUCGUGCUUCGUUACCGUGACUACCAGAGGACUGCCAAGAGACUGGCGGGCAUCCCCGUCCUGCUGGAGAGACUACGCCAAGCCCAGGACUUCUACGUGGAGAUGAAAUGGGAGUUCACCAGCUGGGUGCCCCUGGUGUCUCGUAUCUGCCCCAGCGACACCUACAGAGUUUGGAAGAGCGGUCAGUGCCUUCGCGUCGACACCACCCUGAUGGGCUUCGAGCAGAUGACCUGGCAGCGAGGAAAGCGGAGCUUCAUUUUCAGGGGACAAGAGGCCAGCGCCGAGGUGAUGGAGGUCGACCACGACAGGCAGCUGGUGUUCUGCGAGACCUUGUGUGUCUCGUCUCUCGCGGCGCUCUCAGCCGGCGGGGGCAACGGCGGCGCCUGCGGCGGCAACGGCAACGGCAACGGCGGCGGCCUGGGCCUUCUGGGGGCGACUCAGCCCAGCGAUGAGCAGGUAGCAGCCCGGCUGUCUGCGCCCGUGGUGACAACUCAGCUGGACACCCGCAACAUCGCCUUCGAGAGGAACAAGACGGGCAUACUGGGCUGGAGGAGCGAGAAGACCGAGAACGUGAACGGAUACGAAGCCAAGGUGUUUGCAGCAUCCAACGUAGAGCUCAUCACCCGGACCAGAACGGACCAUCUGUCCGAUCAGAACAAGAACAAGACAAAAGGAGGGAAGACCCCCCUGCAGAACUUCCUCGGGAUCGCCGAGCAGCACAUGGGACCGAACAACGGAGCGCUGGUGACCCAGAUGACGUGUCCCGCCAUGACCAACCCCGCGGCCCUCACGGCCGAGGAGUACUUCAACCCCGGCUCGUCCCCGACCCAGAGGGACAUCGGCCACCCGUGCCAGCUCACCACCAAGACCCAGAGGUUCAAAGCCAAGAUGUGGCUGUGCGAGUCCCACCCUCUGUCCCUGGCAGAGCAGGUGGUGCCGAUCAUCGACCUCAUGGCCAUCUCCAACACGCUCUUCGCAAAGCUGCGAGACUUCAUCACUUUGCGUUUGCCGCCCGGCUUCCCCGUCAAGAUCGAGAUCCCCCUCUACCACAUCCUAAACGCCAGGAUCACCUUCAGCAACUUGAACGGCUGCGAGGAAGGGGCCGGCGUCCGGGCCGACAACGACGGGGGGGGCGAAGGCGACGGACAGAGGGACGCGCCGAGGGACACCCCGUCCCCCGGCAGCGACUCCUCCAGCGUCUCCAGCUCCAGCUCCAGCACGUCGUGCCGGGCCGGGGACAUCCCGCCGUGUGUGUUCGAGCCCCCGCCUGGCUACUCGAUGCAAGGAGGCAAGCAGAGGGACAGCGUGAGGGACGAGGAGGAGGACCUGCUGCAGUUCGCCAUACAGCAGAGUCUGCUGGAGGCCGGUUCCGAGUACGAUCAGGUGACCAUCUGGGAGGCUCUGACCAACAGCAAGCCGGGGACACACCCUCCCCCCAGCGAGCCCAGCCGCCUGGACAGGACCCCCCGGCACAAGCCCCGAGCCCCCUCCAGCCUCGGCUCCACCCCCUCCAAGAAGCAGCCGACCGGCUGCAGCUACGACCAGCAGCUGCGCAUCGCCAUGGAGAUCUCCGCCCGGGAGCAGGAAGAGGCGGAGCUUCGCCGGCGGCGCGAAGACGCAGAGCUGCAGCGCAUCAUCCGGCUGUCACUCAUGGAGAAAUGAGGCCCCGGGCGGGGGAGAGGGGGGGGGGAGACACACGGGAGCAAAGGGCAUUUGGGGUCGUUAUAAAAGCACAGCUAUAUCCUAUCGAUCGGCCUCCCCCUUCCUCCCGACCCUCCCGACCUUUCCCAUGAUGCCGCACGGCGGCCCGUUCGCUCGCUCUGGUCCACGUGGUUCUGCACUUUGUGACCGGUGGCAGUUUACGGGAAACAACACACACCCAGAUCAGCGGGUUCAGCGUGACGCCUCUUUGAGCGAUUACAUGUAGCGUGUUUGACGGGCGUCGGGCCGAGGAGGACCUGGAUAGCGGUUUUUAGGUGGAUUGUGGAAUAGAAAUGUGUCUGUGUGCGUUUGCAUCCUCACACGAGCCGAGACGUGUGCGAUGUUUCAGCAUGUGGUCUGCACGCGCCAGGUUUGUUUUGUCCCAACGUCAUAAAAUAUAAAGGCAGGUUCUUUGGGGGGGGUGGGGAUGGGCCCCCGGACAGGUUUAGGUUUUAUUCCACACCAACGGAAAGAUGCUGAAAAACAAGAAUCGCCUCAAAAAAGCGCGGCGCCUUUUGAUCUCGGAUGGACAGAUUGUCGAGCCGUGAGUUGUGAGUAACGCCGUGUUUCAGGGCUCGAGGCCAGCCGAGCGAGGGGGGGGGGGACAUUUGGAGUCUUGUUGCGAGGGACGGGGGCAGACAGCUUGUUUUUUUUUUUCUCUCUUUGUGUUAUUUCAGAAGAAGAACGUUCACACUCCACAAUCAGCACAAGCGGAGGAGCCUCCUCUCCGGUUCACAUUUAAGCUUGCCUAAUUUAUAACAUGACUUUCAUUUUUUUUACUUUUUAAAAAAAAAAAUAACCGCUGAAAAGAGAUGCAGCGAGAUGUUUUCGUGGUAAAUGAGUCGAGACGAUUUAAAUAAAGAAAAACCUUUUGGAACGGCA